CCUGCAAAGCAAAACGGGCAACCGAGAGCUGCCCCCUUCAAGUGGCAAUUCUGGCAUUUGACCACUGGGGGUCUGCAGGGCUCUGGGAAAACCGGCUGGGCAGUUGGAGUGAUUGAUAACCAGCCUGUCUAUGUGAUCUCUCUCCCCCACCCUCCCCUUUGCCCAGCUGGAGCUAAAAUAAUAAAAUGCUGAUCUCACACACUUUGCUGGCGGUAUUCCUUGCCUCAGCACUGCGCUGCUGCUACUUUCGCCCAGCCUGGAAAGGCAGCGUCCUGGACUGCCAGGGGAAGGUAAGCUGGAAGCCCUGCUCCUGGGCGGUAGAUUUCUCCAUGGGGCACAAGGCUGAUCUAACCACAAAGGCUAAGUCUCUGCUCAGUUGUUGAGGAGGGGUUCCCUCUGACGCCGCUGAACCAUGACGUCCUACCGGAUGGAGCUGGAGAAGUACCGGGACAUCGACGAGGAGAAGCUCCUGAGAGAACUUUCCCCCGAGGAGCUGGACCAGCUCGACCUAGAGCUGCAGGAGAUGGAUCCCGAGAACAUGAUGCUCCCAGCUGGGCUGCGCCAGCGAGACCAGACCAAGAAGAGCCCGACGGGGCCGCUGGACCGGGACGCCCUCAUGCAGCACCUGGAGAAGCAGGCGCUGGAGGUGAAGGAGCGUGAGGACCUGGUGCCAUUCACCGGCGAGAAGAGAGGGAAACCUUUUAUCCCAAAGAACCCCAAGCGGGAGAUCCCCAAGGAGGAGCAGAUCACUCUGGAACCCGAGCUGGAGGAAGCCCUGGCCAACGCCACCGAAGCAGAGAUGUGCGACAUUGCAGCCAUUCUGGGGAUGUACACCCUGAUGAGCAACAAGCAGUACUACGAAGCCCUCUGCAGCGGCAACAUCACCAGCACCGAAGGCAUCAACAGCGUGGUAAAGCCGGAUAGGUACAAACCCGUCCCAGACGAGCCGCCGAACCCCACCAACGUGGAGGAGACCCUGAAAAAAAUCCAGAGCAAUGACAAGGACCUGGAGGAGGUCAACCUGAACAAUAUCAAGGACAUUCCCAUCCCAAAGCUGAAGGAAAUCUGCGAAGCCAUGAAAACCAACACCCACGUGAAGAAACUGAGCUUGGUGGCGACUCGGAGCAACGACCCCGUGGCCAAGGCCGUGGCGGAGAUGCUGAAGGAGAACAAGACUCUUCAGAGCCUCAACAUCGAGUCCAAUUUCAUCACCAGUGCCGGGAUGAUGGCCAUCAUCAAGGGCAUGCAGCAAAACACCUCGCUGGCCGAGCUCAAGGUGGACAACCAGUCUCAGCGGCUGGGGGACUCUGUGGAGAUGGAGAUGGCCGCCAUGCUGGAGAAGUGCCCCUCCAUCAUCCGCUUCGGGUACCACUUCACGCAGCAGGGACCAAGGGCCAGAGCCUCCAUUGCCAUCAGCAAGAACAACGAACUCCGUCGCAAGCAGAGGAGGACAUAAUGCCAGGUGCCGCCGCAAGCCAGCCUGUGUCGUUACCUUUCUCCGUGCCUCGAAGCCAUGGUGCCCCACGGCCAGGGCUCUGCCUCCAGCACAAAGCAAAGUGGAGCUUUUUGUUCUUUUUGUAGGUUUCCUGGAGCUGGCGCUCAGCUGUCGGCCCCCCACCCCUCUCCCGCCCCAUCUAGCACUCGGAGUCCCCAGCUCAGGUUACUUGUUCCUAGGAAGAUAACUGAAGCGAGUAUUUUGGUUCUCACUGUAAAUAAAGACCUCACCAUGUGGA